CAUCAAGCCAAUGGGCACCACCCGGUUAUUAUCGGUUGGCUUGGCAACAGGUCGGAGACUAUCGAUGUUUUUGAUUUUUCUGACAAAAGCGGCAUCCCAAGAUUCAAAUCCCUAAUGAGGCCGUUCUUUGCUGCACUCGAACAGCUCUUCAAAUGAAGGCCAUUCACUGCCGUCGGGGUUGGUAUACUGGGCAAUGAUCUUCGGUGGCUCUGGCUGCAGCGAGCUGGCUUUUGUUUCACGAAGCACGUACUGAGAAAGACCCGUCUUACCUAAUAAGUACCUUAUCUCUGCAGGUAUCCAAGAUGACUCUCAUCUUCCCGUUGACCUCGGGCUUGAGGGAAAAGGCAUAUUCGCUUAGAGUAGCGAUGGGCCAAGCUAGAACAGCGUUGAACGGGAAGCCAAUCAAGCCGACUGUCUACCUAAUCCAACCUUGCUCCGCUCGGGCGCCUCAUGAUUCAUGACGACGAAUGCGCACAGUAUGGUUCAUAGUCUCGAAACUGCUUGUUGCCGACACUCUAUUCUUGAACUACCUAGGUAUAAAUUCCUCUGGAUCAUUCCAACCUUACAACCAUCAAAUACCUAGUAUACUCCAAGUCUACCAGAUAACCAAGACAUCAUAGUUUAUCUUAUAUCCAAACUGCCCUUUACUCAGUCCUACCUGCACUUUAAUUUCUACAGUAUGUUAUUGUGGCUUGGUAUUGCCUUAUUCCCGUUCGGUGCACUUGGUGCAUUGCAACCGCCAGGAGAAACCAUCCAGACAACUGCUGCAACACUGGACAUCUUCCAGAACGUGAAGAUAUCCCGUAAGGAAGUUUCGCCAGAUAUAUGCGGGGGGACCACUUCAUACGCUGGCUACGUGGAUUUCGAACCCAAUUCCAUGAGUGGGGUGGAACAUGACUAUCCUGUUCACACAUUCUUCUGGUACUUCAAGUCGCAGAAUAACCCCGAAGACUCUCCUCUGAUCAUCUGGCUGAACGGUGGGCCCGGAGCGUCCUCUAUACUCGGUAUGUUUACUGAGAAUGGACCAUGCCACAUUAAUGGGACGAUUGACCCUGAAACCAACCCUUUGUCUUGGAACGUCGAUUAUAAUGUGCUCUACGUCGACCAGCCCGUCCAAACAGGCUUCAGUUACGAUGUAGUGACGCCUGGAGUGUUGGACCUGAAGACCGGCAACAUCAUCCUUGAUGGUUCCCUUGAACCGGGCCGAACCGCGAUCCAGGGAAAAUUUAGCAGCCAGGACACCAAAUCGACCGCCAAUACUACUGAAAACGCUGCGCGGCAUUUCUGGAACUUUCUGCAAGUGUGGUUAGAAGAUUUCCCUGAGCAUACCUCCAGCGACGACUCGAUAAGCAUCUGGACGGAAUCAUACGGUGGCAAGUAUGGGCCGACCUUUGCCAGGUUUAUCCAUGAACAGAACGCUCUAAUCCGCAACGGCUCCUUGCAGGGUGCAAAUGUUCUCAAUUUCAAAACGCUUGGCAUCAUUAACGGGUGUGUGGAUUUGUACGCUCAAGAGAUGUCUGGACCAGAAUUUGCCUACGACAAGAAUCCCUACGGCAUCGAUGGUAUCACCUCCGAUGAGUACGAAUCUGCUCGUACGGCAUAUUUCCAGGAAGACGGCUGUGAAGAUCUAAUCGGCAGGUGUCGCCAAGUCGCCGGGGAACAGGAUCCAGGCAUGUAUGGCAAUGCGACCGAUGUUAAUAGCGCAUGCGAGUUAGCCAGCGACUUCUGCCAGAAUGAAGUGGAAGGUCUGUAUGUAUUCCGUAAGAAGUGGGGUUUUUACGACAUCAGUCAUUGUUACCUGGAUGCAUUCCCUGGAUACGAGUUCCUGGAUUACCUCGCCGAUGAGCAGGUGCUCACGGAAUUGGGCGUGCCUGUUAACUUCACCGUCCUUUCCAACGCGGUUGGAAAGGCGUUCAAUCUCACGGGUGACUACCCGAGGCGAGAUCCCAAAGGCUAUUUCGAAGACAUCGCUAUCUUGUUGGAGUCCGGCAUCCAAGUCGCUAUGGUGUACGGGGACAGAGACUACGCUUGCAACUGGAUCGGUGGCGAGCGAGCAAGCCUGAGUGUGGAGUACUCCCAAAGCGACGAGUUCAGUGCUGCUGGAUAUGCCAAUGUUACUGUGGACGAUCCUGAUCAGCCCGAUCCAGUUGGACAAGUCCGCCAGCAUGGCUUGUUUUCUUUCACCCGUGUCUAUGAAUCCGGCCACAUGGUUCCAGCUUACAAGCCCAAGGAAGCCUAUAACAUCGUACGCCGUUCCAUGCAGGGAUUGGAUAUCGCCACAGGAACGAUAGCGGUAACGGGCGACUACUCGACGGAUGGCCUGAUUGAGUCCGACCAAACAUUCCCACCGCCAGACGCUUAUCCAAUGAAAUGCUACCUGAGGUUUAUGUCGUCGACAUGUGCUGACAACCAGAUCAGCGCGGUUGAAGAUGGAUCUGCUCAUAUACUCAAUGGGGUCAUAGUGGAUCCGGAUCCUACACCAGGGACGUGCCCAAGCCUUCCUGAAGGAGUGCAAAGUAUCAUGAAGCAAGAGGAUUAUAUCAUUGGGGAAUUAUGAUUUGUUUUAUUUUUAUAAUGAAAUACGGGUUUAAUUUAGAAAAUAAGCUACUGAAAAGUGGCGGAUAUAAAUAUAAAUGUUACAAGUGGGCACCCCGAGGGCACUAUAAAACUCUGACUUCAGGAGCGGAUUCUACGGUGCUUCGCGUGAAGCUCGAAGGUGGUGGUGGUGGUGAUGGCAGCCAGUCGCCGGUCGCGGUGGUGGCGUCGUCGAGCCGGAGCCCGGUGGGGCAGGUCCCGGAGGUGUGGGGUCCGCCCCCUAGCCGCGCCUAUCACCAGGUGGGCCGGCAGGGCCGCCGUUGUUAUGUAUAUUAAGGAACGAGAUGGUCGUUCUUGCGUAGCCGAUUCUUUGAUCUGCCGAGGGGCUUCUCAUUCCAAAGCUCUACUGUAUUAAUUUUUAUUUGGUGCUUUGAAUCCGGAACACUCUUAGGGUCAACUACUAACUGGUAAUUGGGACGCACAUAGGGU